GCUGGGACAUCAAUAUGGCGAUGCUUGGGAUCAGGAGCUUAGCUCGGGCGCCGUUGGCGGCAGGGGGCGCUCUCCCUUUUCUUUUUCCCCAAGACUUUUUUGGGGACACAUCCGCCAACAACAGGUCACAUUGAAGUGGCUGCUGGACACCGACGUCAACCAUGAGGCUUGUCAUAUGUUGGCUGAUGCUCCUUCCGCUUGCUACAGCAGCUCCAAUCAGAGCUCGAAGAGAAAAUGUGGUAACCUUUUUGAAUGAUGUGCUUAGCAAACCCACGAGAAAGACCGUACCUGCAAUUGACACAGGGCACAGAAACCCUCCAAGUGAAACAGAGAAAGAACAAGAUUCUGAACAAGAUUCUGAAGAUCUUUCCGAGGAUCAGUCUUUUGAGAGUGCCAACCAAGAUACAAUUGCAGGUGACGAACUCGCUGUGUCUGAUUCAAGUCUUGGAGGGGAAAGCAAAGAUCUUGACAGUGAUGAGGCUCCUCGAACAAAGGGAGAAGCUGAAGCUUCCCCUGGCAGACAAAUGGGAGCAAUGCCUGUGAGCAGGGCACGAGCUCAAGAUCAACAAAGUGGAGAAGAUGCCAAUUUGAACAAUGAGGAGGAAGUUACCGAUUGUGUGAACGUGCAGAGCAUGGUGUCUGUCCAAGGCAGCAGUUUCCAGAGGAAAAAAUCUGCUGAAGGAGCCCACUCGUUAGACACAAGCAGAGAACUGGCGGAGCGGCGCAGUUUGGAGAUGACACCUGCUGCGAUCGUCCAAGAAAUAGACAAUGACGGUUCAGUGAUGCAGGAAGUCGGAGCCUCUCCCAGCUGAGUUGGACAAAAGGCAGACGACAACCUGGACUGGUUGCCAGCCAAUCACGGGG